AUGGACUUUCUCUUCUCCAGUCCGCCAAAGGCACCUGAAGAUCUGCCUCAGAUGAAGUACUACCCAAUCUUCGAUCGGCGAUGGCAAACAACGGUGAAGGAUAAGGAAAAGUCUAAUCAAACGAUCUCGGGUGGAAAGGCCAAAUCAGCCUCCUCGCUGCGGUCCAAGAAAAUGACCCGUGCCAAGCCGUACUCGCGCAAGCAGCUGUUCAAGUCAAGUGAUCAGUACUUCCUUGAUUUAGGCCAGAAGGACUUUGAUCCACAACGCUGCAAAGUUUGCAAUAUGAUUUUUAGCUCAGGCGAACUGGUGGACGAGAGAACGCACGAAGAGUAUCACGACAUGUUUAUCAACAGUCUAAAGUACCGCGAAUGGAAGAACGAAGAUAUCGCUGCCAACUUUGACGAUGGCGCUCGCAUCCUCCGGGUUUUGCCCUCUUCGCCACACUUUAUGCACAAAAAAAUUGAUGAACUAUACAAAGUCUCCGACCUUGAACUUAACAUCAACCAAGACCUGAAGUCGACCAUGAAGUCCUGCUCCGCCUACUUUAUCUACAUCACCUCAAAGCGCAUUGCUGGUUUCGUGGACGUCGUUCGCGUGAACGCCGCCAACUGGCUCGUUCAGGAGGAUCCGCCGAUGGCGAGCACUGAGGAGGUGCCAGCGACGUGCGGAGUCGCCCGCAUUUGGAUUCACCCCAAGUUUCGCAGAAAGGGCAUUGCCACCCGUCUGCUGGACACCGUGCGCCACUCCUUCAUUCCCGGUGAGGUCAUCGACAAAAGGCAGCUGGCCUUCUCCGAUCCUACCGCAAUCGGCAAGGACUUUGCCAAAAGUUACACUCAGUCAAACAAAUUUUCUAUCUACCUGCACAGCCACAUUGUUGAAUAG